GAUGUUUUGAGGCAAACAGCUAAACCUCAGCAGAGAGCAGUCACUCUCCUUGAUUUAAAAUUUAAGAAUUAAUUUUAAAUUUGCAGAAAAUAAUAAAAAUGUGACCUAAGCUGCACCGAUAUGAUUUCUCAGCACAUAUUGCUAUUUUGUGGGAUAUUUAUUGGUUUUCUCUUUGUUCAGCAACUCAUAAAUGUUAGAUUUGACCUUUUAGCCAGAGCACUUGCAUCUCCACAUACUCUUUCCUCUCAAGCCAAAAGUCAUGCAUGGAAAAAGAAUGAUGAGCAGGCACGGUCCCUGUAUUCCAAUGUGCGUGUGUUGUGUUGGGUCAUGACGAGGCCUGAAAAUCUGCAGAAAAAGCUCCAGCACAUUCGUGCCACCUGGGCUAAACACUGUAACCAGGUGCUGUACAUGAGCUCGCAGAGCUCCGACUUCCCCACCGUGGGGCUCAACGUCAGCGAGGGCCGAUCUCAGCUGUACUGGAAGACCAUCCGUGCCUUUCAGUACCUCCAUGCGCACCACCUCCAGCACGCCGACUGGUUCCUCAAAGCAGAUGAUGACACAUUUGUGGUGGUUGAAAACCUGAGAUACCUACUUUCCCAUCAUGACACUGAAGAGCCUGUUUAUUUCGGCCACAAGUUCCGGCCGUUCAUACGUCAGGGUUACAUGAGCGGAGGAGCCGGAUACGUUCUGAGCCGAGAGGCUCUCAGGAGAUUUGUGCAAGGUUUCAGCACGGGACGCUGCAAGCAUUUCAGCUCCGUGGAGGACAUGGCCUUGGGAAAGUGCAUGGAGACCAUGGGAGUGAAAGCCGGGGAUUCAAGAGAUCCAAACAAACGAGAAACAUUUAAUCCUUUUAGACCAGAAACCCACCUCAUUCCCCCAAAGAAUGGAAAACAGACCUGGGGCUACAGUUACUACAAAACCAGACGGGGCCCGGACUGCUGUGCGGAUUUUGCAAUAUCGUUUCAUUAUGUGAAACCUGCAGACAUGUACAUGUUGGAGUAUUUUGCACAUCACCUGCGACCAUUUGGAUACAAGUACAGAUUCAACACUAUUCAACAAAACAGCACCAGUGAACUUUACACAUUACAAAUACAAUAGACAAAAAUAAAAAACACAAAGAUGUUUAAUGUG